AUGAAGGUAGCUAUCGUUGGCGCAUCGGGCGAGACAGGAGGCUCUAUCGUUAAAGCCCUCUUGGAGUCAUCCACACCCAAGUUUGACAUCACCGCUCUAACACGACCGGCAUCUCUUACCAAGCCUGAGAACCUCGAACUUGAGAAGCGUGGAGUCAAGUUGGUGGCAUGCAAGCUUGAUGGCCCAGAGGAUGCCUUGGUGAAGUCGCUGUCUGGACAGGAUGUGGUCAUCUCGGCACUCGAGCCGGCCGCAUUCGGAGCCCAGAUCCCUCUCGCCAAUGCUGCUAAAGUCGCCGGAGUCAAACGCUUCGUCCCCUGUGCCUUCGCGACUAUCGCUCCCCCAGGGGUGAUGAAGCUUCGAGAUGAUAAAGAGGACAUCUUUAAUCACGUCAAGAAGCUGUACCUUCCCUACACCAUUAUUGACGUGGGCUGGUGGUUUCAAUUGGCAGUUCCGCGUCUUUCAUCUGGCAAGACGGACUACGCUAUCGUCGUGCCCGAAAAUACGGCUGCCGGGGACGGCAACGUCCCUUCAGCGUUUACUGAUAUCAGGGACAUCGGCCCAUAUGUGGCUCGUAUUAUCAGCGACCCAAGAACGUUAAACAAGAUGGUCUUUGCUUACGACGAGGUCGCAACCACAAACCAGAUCUAUGAGUUGCUGGAGAAGUUGAGUGGAGAGAAGAUUGACAGAACUUACGUACGUCACCAUUCUCCCCUGGGUCAGGACAUGGCUAACCAAAUUCAUUCGUCCCAGUUAUCUGCUGACGACAUCGAGACUGGCCUGGCACAGAUCGAAGGAUCCGACGAUCCCACGGCCCUCAACAAGCUCUGGAUACUGCAAUACCUCCGCUCUUGUGGAAUCCGUGGCGACAAUAAUCCCGAAUAUGCCCGAUACCUAGGAUAUGUUGAUGCCAAGGAGCUGUACCCAGACUUCAAGGGAAACACGUUGGAAAAGUACUUUCAAGAGGUUUUGGUCGGCAAGGCAAAGGGUGUAUAUAAGAAGAGAAAGGCAUAG